AUGAUACGAACCAAUAGAUUCCCGCAUAUAAUUUCUCGGAUGGACCGGAAUCGGGACAAUUUGCGUAUAACAUAUGAAGAAUGGAAUCUUGCCAUUUCACCAUUGCAAAUUGUUCGUGGACUUGCAGCUUUGCAUAUAUUAGCUGAUGGCAAAUGCAAAAUUAAACUUGCUAAAUUAAUUUCGAAAGCUUUAUUUGGUGUAAUUGAAGUUCUUGGGAAAACUGUACAUGAAGAUUUGAAUGAUCUUUGCAUCAAUUACUUGAAAUCAUUAUCAAAAGGAGCAAUACAAAUAUAUUUUGAAGAAAAUGAUUUGUUAAAAUUUGAUAAUGAAUUAGUGGAAUAUAUUGAAAAAUAUUACGGUACAGAGUCUCGAGAAGCGGAAAUGAUCGAAUUUGAAAUGGAUGAAAGGAUGAAGAAAGAAGUGAUACAAACAAUGUGCUUCCAAAUGAAUCCUAAUGGACAAACACUCGUAAAUGAAAUGAAUAAAAAUAUUAAAGAAGCAAGUCAAGGAAUCGUGGAAUAUGUUGUACGUCAAGAUUUGAAACCAAAACAAAAAACACGUUUAGUACUAAUAACAACAUUUAAUUCGACAUUCUAUUGGAAACCACCGGGUCAAAUACAGGAAGUGGAGACAUUUUUUUAUGAAACGUAUGAGAAAAUUACGCAAACACGUAGCAUUAUAAAAGGAUAUCGAUGUGAUGGCUUAUUUCGUACAUGCCUUACCAAUGAUGGUAUACGUGUCCUCGAAUUAGAUUCUGAAAUUGAUGAUCUUAAAAUGUACCUUUUUCAACCACAAAUGCUAUUUUCAAAUGAUUUCCUGAAAUCAUUAGAUGGUAAACAACUACGACAUUAUAUCGAUCAAAUAAGCCUAGAGCCAUUAAGACAAUCGGUUGUAAUUCCAUGUAUUUCGAUAAAUUCACCUGUUGGUUUACGAUCAGUAUUUGCAUCAUGUAAUCCAUUCUAUCAUUUUAUCUUCAAAAAUAAACAUCCACAAUUUCCGUAUCCAUGUAUCUCUCAAAUAUUUUCACCGGAUAAGGCCGAAUUUGGAAUGAUAUAUGGGAAAGGUUCACGGGAAAAUUAUGGUCCAAGUCAUAUAUAUCCACUUUGGGAUUAUUAUCAUAAAACUAAAAUGGUUGUAAAAAUUGGACGACCAGAAAUGACAAAAGAAAAUGAUGAUGAAAUGAAAGCAAUUACUUACAGUCAACGAAGUGAUUAA